AAAGUCAGAAUUGAAAGCAAGAAGGACCAGAGCUUACACACACGUGCACACAGGCUCGUCUCCACACUGGUGUUCAAGAUGAAAGGCACACACUUCAGCGCUGGUCUCGUUCUGCUCCUCGUCCUCAUCCAGAGCAGCCUGGAGCUGCCGCUACAAGACGAUACGACAAGCUCGGAGACAGACGCAAGUGUCCUGGAUGAGAGGAAAGACAUGAUGCGGGUGAGGAGACAUUCAGAGGGAACUUUCUCUAAUGACUACAGUAAAUAUCUGGAGACACGGAGGGCGCAGGACUUUGUCCAGUGGCUCAUGAACUCCAAGAGGAGCGGCGGACCUGCGCGGCGCCACGCAGACGGCACCUACACCAGUGACGUCAGCUCGUACCUGCAGGACCAGGCGGCGAAAGACUUCAUCACCUGGCUGAAAAGCGGGCAGCCCAAACCAGAUGCUGUCGAGACGAGACGCGUAGACACGUUACACAGGAGACACGUGGACGGCAGCUUUACCAGCGACGUCAACAAGGUGCUGGACAGCAUAGCCGCUAAGGACUACCUACAGUGGGUCAUGAGCUCUCAGUCAUCGGCGAGCGGCAAGCGACAAUGAAGUCAUGAAAGAAAGAUAAAGUGCUUCCUGUUCCUGGAAUGAACGUUUAGGAUGUUGUUCUUCACCCUGAAAAUCUUCAAAUCACGGCAAAGUUAUAGUCCUUAGCCAGAGCUGAUACAACACAGGAAACCAAAAGCCAUAUAUAUUUCACCGUCAAUUGUUUGUACUGUUAUUAUUUAUUUGCAACAGAUUUGUGCUAAAAAGUCAAGGGUAUGAAAAAGAAGUAUUUUUCUAUAGAUUCGUGCUAUUUUUAAUGCUUACUAUUUAUAAAAUGGUUCUGAAACUCAGGUAAAAUACAUAUGUAUAUCCAAACUCUCAGGUGAGUUUAGUGAUUGAGAGAAAAUGUAGUAUCAAAAAUGGUGCCCUGCUCUGCAAAAUAAAAUAAACUUCAUGUUCAAUUUG